AUGAAGCAAUAUGACAAUAAUUCUGACAAUCAAAGCUCAAUAGAAACACAUACUGACUUGAUUAAAGACUUUGACCAGGCAUUUCAAGACUAUGAUUUUGAUUUUGAUUUCAUUGAAUCCAAUUUAUAUGCUACUCAACACAAUGCAAAUUUAAAUACUAAUGUUGAAGAAAUAAAAGCAUUUAUUGGCAUGCUCAUUUAUAUGGGUUAUCAUUCCCUUCCGAGUAUAAGGUUUUACUGGUCAACUGACCAAAACUUUUAUUGUGAAAGAAUAGCCAAAAUUAUGCCUGUCAAGAGAUUUUUAAAACUUCUACGCUAUCUUCACCUAAAUAAUAAUUUAAAUAUGCCACAAAGAGAUUCUCUAAAUUUUGACAAACUUUAUAAAAUCCAUCCACUCAUAUCACAUUUGCAAGAUAAAUAUCUAUCUAUAUUUAAACCAUCUAGACAUGUAGCAGUAGAUGAGAGUAUGGAUGCCAUUUAA